CCCGGCUCUUGGCGGCGCGCGGCCCGUGACGUCACGGGGGGACGGCGAUGGUGGCGGCGGAGCUGGCCGGGCGCGUGCGGCCGCUCGUCAGCCGGGCGGGGCCGCGCGUCAUGGUGGCCGGCCUGGGCAACUAUGGACUGCGGGGGACGCGGCACAGCGUGGGCAUGGCGGUGCUGGACCAGCUGGCCCGGCAGCUGGCGGUGGCCGAGGGCUGGCGAGCGGACAGACGGUGCUGUGCCGACGUGGCUCUGGCCGCAGCCCACGGCCUGGAGCUGGUGCUGCUCAAGCCGCGGCGGCUCAUGAACCUCAACGGGCUCAGCGUUGCCAGUGCCGCUGAGAUCUACAGCCUCCGCCCAGAAGACAUUUACCUGGUUCACGAUGACCUGGACAAGGCCCUGGGCAAGGUGGCGAUCAAGCUGGGAGGCAGCGCAAGGGGACACAACGGGGUCCGAUCCUGCAUCAGUGCUCUGCACUCCAACGAGAUGAGGCGGCUGAGGGUCGGCAUUGGGCGGCCAGAGGGUGAUGUGACAGUGUCCAGCUAUGUCCUGGCCCCGUUCAGCGCUGGGGAGCGGGAGAGGCUGGAGCAGGUCCUGGCCCAGGCAGUGAGCUGCCUGCUGGAGCACGUCCUGCAGAGCAGAGCACCGGUGGGGGACCCAGGAGACCGGGGCUGAGGAGAGCUGAGCCCCUGGGGACCUGCCGCUGGACAGGGUGCUGUGGACUCUCGGGGUGCCCUGUUGGGGCCGGGCCCUGAGUCAUCAUCCCCAUGCAGAUCUGGGCAGCUCAUGGGCACUCAGACCCCUGCAGCAACUUCAUACAGCAAUUCGGCAUCAAAAUGAAAUAAACCCUCGC